GCCGCUUUGCCAUAUUUCAAAAAACAAAGAAGAAAAAAAUAGAAAAAAAAAACUCGAACCCUUCCUCCCCAAACCCACAUACAUUAACGUUCAAAUUUGCUAAUCGUCCUCUUCAUCUCUUUGAUCUCCACAAAAUUCUUCGAAUCCUUUGAAUUUCCAAAAAAAAAUCUCAAAUAUCUCCAAGGCGCUCCCAAAUUCUUCCCAGUGCGAUCCAAUUUGCUCGGUGGUCUCGGAAAAUGGACGAGUCCAUGUCGACGAAUAAGAAGAACAACGAUGAUGUCCAGGUGAGACGGCUUAGUCUCAUCGACGUCUCUUCUGAGGACGAUUCUCUCUUAGGGUUGACUUCGGAACAUCCUCAACACCAACAACCUUCAGCUAUUCAGGAGCAGCCAAUUGAUGAGUCUUUCGAGGCUGUUGGUGCUAACAAAUUAGAAGAAUUCAAUAGCACCAUCAAACAAAAGGAGUUAGUACCUCAGCCUUCUGAAAGUUUAGAACCCGAAAGAACUAGAAAAGAUGGCAAGUACAACUUGCGCAAAAGUUUAGCAUGGGAUAGUGCUUUUUUUACCAGUGCUGGCGUUCUGGAUCCUGAGGAGCUGUCAAGCAUGAUUGAAGGAAAUCACAAGAGUGGAAAACAAAUGUUACCUGGAAUUCAAGAGGAAAUUCACAGAUCUACUGAUUCAAUUUCCACUUUAGGAAGUGAAACGUUGACACUAGAAAGUGUUGAGGCUAAUUUGUUUGAAGACAUAAGAGCUUCAAUCCAGAAAUCAAGUACAGCAACUACUAUGGCAGAUACAAAAACUAAAGCAGGCUCAAGAGUGACAGAAACCAAAAUUAGCUGUGCUUCAGACAGGGUUGACAAGGCUUCUCAAUCUCAAGAUAAGAUGAAGCCCAAACUUGCUUCCAAAAAGCCAAGUACCAGCCUGCAAAAUCCAGGGAAAUUGACUAGAAAGGUUUCUGCUCGUCCACAAUUCUCACAGUCUCAGUCUGUUGCUGCAAGUAGAGACUCAACUUCAUCUCUCUUGAAGCGACCGAAGGUACAAGGCAAUCCUAGUCCUGUUUCAAUAACAUCAGCCAAGAGGGUUUCUAUGGGUGGUAGUCUUGUGAAAAUGGAAAAGGAUAAUGUGAAAAACACAGCUGGAAAAGGGGCUCCAAUAGCAAAAAUACCUAGUUCACGAAUUGUGCCUAGGCCUAAAUUAUCAUCUAAACCUUCUUCUUUGAGAACUUCAACCGCAACCAAGAUUCAAACAACUUCUUCACUUGAAAGUUCUGGGAGUGAUUCAUCUGCACAAAUUGGUAACUGUUCUUUCAAUACCAUGAGAAAAAAGAAUGAUUCCGGGACUUGCAAUGCAAAUUCCUAUGGUACAACCCUCCAAAAACCAUCACGAGCUGCAUCAAGAAAUAAAACUGAUCUAUCAAAUCACUUGAUGACUUCAACGAAGCUUUCUUCCAGCACAUCACCUGCGAGCUCUAUCAUUGACUGGUCCUCAGAGUCGGCAUCAUCAACUUCUACUUUGAAACAAAAUUCAUGUACUUCAAGAGCCAGCCUUGACAGAAGAUCCUGCAAAAGGAUCUCCAUAGAAUGUGAUUCAUCUCAAGAUUUGGAUUCAGAGAACCAAGAAGAUAACCAUUGCUCAGUUCGACAUGAGACUCAUGUUACCGGAUUGCUUGGUCAACAUGUUUUGAGAGCUUCGAUGACAACCACUGCACUUCCUCCAGCUUCAAAACCUUCGGGCCUUCGAUUGCCUUCACCAAAAAUUGGCUUCUUUGAUGGGGGGAAAUCUGGAGUACGCACUCCCAAUGGAAGUAUGCUAUCGCAUCCUGUUGUAUCAGGUAACUUGCCUAAAAGUAGUGCAGCAAGUGUUAGUCCAAGUGCAGGCAAAAGCAAUUCAAAACUAGGGAAGCUUCAAUCUGCAAGACAAAUUUCAAACAUAAAACUGGAUAGUCAGAAAACUCCCUUGAAGAUGAAGCCUAAAGUUCCUGCUUUGCGGCCAGCAUCAAAAGCUGCAACAAAGAAGGUCUUUAGUUCUCCAAGCAAUGUUGACAGUUGUAAUGCCGUAUCUUCAAAAGUUAAAAACAGAACCCCUCUUAAAUCUGGCACUGAAAGUAAAAUAAAUGGUGAGGAAGUUGGAACUGAAAGAGUUGAUAUUGCCAUACACGAGAAAGAUGCCAAUUUUAUUGAAAAGAAUGGCAGCCUCGAUAUGUUGAGGGAUAAAUUGAGCCUAGACACUGAAGGUAAUGUUGACAGGAAGGAUAUAAAAACCACUUCUGUUAGUGGAGGACACACUAUCAUUACCGAUUUUAUCCCAAUUUCCAAUCCUGAGGAAGUGGUCGUAGACGCAAUGCAUGCUAAACAUGAUUUCAAAAAUGAUUUUCAAUCUCUUAACACCGCCAACAAAAAAGAGAGUGCUCAUUUUGAAGAUCAGGUUGAUUGCUUGACCAAACAAGUCCAAGCUAUGGGCAUUACUGUUGGGACCCAAAAAAUGUUCAUUGAUGAUUCUCUCUCUUCUCCUCACUGCAACUUUGGCGGUGAAGAUAAUAUUGGUGCUCCGCAGUCUUCUUGUCACAGUGCUCAGAAGGACGAAUCUUUAUAUAGUUUGUCAAGGCCUACUCUCCCUCUUUCUUCAACAACCUUUGAGAAUACAAGCAGCAAGAGGAUACCAUUUGCUAUUAAGGAUUCCUUGUACAAUAUAGGUGGAGGAUUGACUGUGUCGGAGGUAGGAAAAAACAGCCACCUUGCUUUAUCCGAAGAGCAUAUCGAAAUAGAACAGCUAAAUAGUAUACAAAGUGAAUCCUAGUCCAAGGUCAGACUUGUUUUAAAUUGAAAAAUUUGUCUUGGUCUAUUGAAGACACCUAGGAUAACAUCAUGUGCAACAAAAUUGAAAUUGCAUGCUCAAAGGAAGCAAGAAUUGUACUGUUAGUCUAUUGGUUUAGGCACAUUCCAUGUUAAGAUUAUUUAUAAGGUUUAUUUGAUGUAUAUUGAAUAUUUUCUAGACCGGUACUUUUGGGUAGUUUUUCUUUGUAUGUGCAAGUUGCAGCUAGUGUGGACAUGUGAUUUGGUCAACACUGAAUUUUGGUGAAUGUUUGUUGCCCUGUUUAUAGCCUUCUCGCAAAUAAUCAAAAUAAAGGGUUCAAUA